AUGGCCAUCGCGCUCUCUAUGACGGCUACAUCAGUGGCCAUCGUGUUUGUUUCCACGAUUCUCUGGCAUAUCCUGCAAAGACGAUACUUUCACCCGCUUCGUUCGGCCCCUGGCCCCUGGCUCAACAGCAUAUCGGAGCUACCAGCAGCACUAGCACUGGUCGCGGGGAACCAGCAUGUGUACUACCAGUACCUUCACGAGAGAUAUGGCCCGGUGGUGCGGGUCUCCCCAAAUGAGCUCAGCUUCAUCAGUGUCGAGGCGCGUGAGGAGAUCUACGGGUUGAGGAAAGGCGGCCUCAACAUGGAAAAGAGCCCCAUUUUCCUGGGUGCGGUCGGGAGUGUCGAUGGGCAGACCGGGGUGAGUCUGGCCGUUAACAAAGAACACGCCCGCCAGCGACGGGCGCUGGGAUACCUCUUCACCAACAGCGCGUUGGCACACCUGGAGGGCCUUACCCAGGCUCAGAUCCACAAGUUCAUUUCCAAGCUCAAGUCGAUGGCGGCGGAAGGCCAGGCUGUAAAUGUCUCGGACUGGUACACGUAUCUAGUCUUCGACAUCAUGGGCGAGCUCUGUUUUGGCGAGCCUUUUGGCUGCUUGGACCAAGGCUCGGCGACCGAGUGGUCGACGUCCGUCAUCAACGUCUUCGUGGCAGCGACGUGGACGCAGGCCAUCCGGCGCAUCUCGGGCGUCGGCACCUGGCUCGAAUCCCUGUUGACGUGGCUCCUCGUCCCCCGGCAGGCCGCCGCGUGGAGGGAGAUCCACCUGCGCAACUCGCGAGAGAAGACGCUCCGCCGCCUGGCCGACCCGGACCGCGACCAUGGCGACUUCAUCCACCAGAUUCUCAACAGCCACUCGGCCAAGUCGCUCUCCCAGACCGAGAUCGUCCUGAACAUGGGCCUCUUCAUCAGCGCCGGCUCCGACACCACGGCCACCGCCCUGACGGGCUGGACCUACUUUGUGUGCACCCACCCGGCCGCCUACCGCCGACUGGUCGGCGAGGUCCGGGGCGCGUUCGCCGGGGCCGGGUCCGGGUCCGGGUCCGAGCCCGGAGAAGAAGGCGAACGCGCUGUCUCGUGGGCAAGGGUGAGGGACCUGCGCUUCCUGGAGGCCACCAUCCUCGAGGCCCUCCGCCUCUACCCGCCGUCGCCGGCCAGCCAGCAGCGCGUCGUUCCCCGCGGCGGUGCCACCGUGGACGGCUACUACCUGCCCGCGGGCACGACGGUCGCCGUGGCGCCGUGGGCGUCGAACCGCUCGGCCCGCAACUUUGCCGAGCCCGACGCCUUCCGCCCGGAGCGAUGGCUGCAGCAGCAGCAGGGGCCGUCCGGCGAGGGCAAGGGCGAGGGCGAGGGCGUGGGCGAGGGCGAGGGCGUGGGCGAUGCGGACGCCGCCGCGCGGUUCGCCGGCGACCGCCUGGGCGCCUCGUUGCCGUUCGGAACGGGGCCCCGGGUCUGCAUCGGCAAGAACCUGGCGCACAUGGAGAUGCGGCUCAUCGCUGCGCACCUGCUGCUCAACUUCGACAUGGCCCUGGAUACGGACCCGCGCGCACAUGGGCAGGAGAACAAGGUCUGGGGGCUUGAUGGCCGCCUGAGGACCAUGAAGGUGUACCAUUCCAUGACCAAGCCGCCGCUGUGGGUGCGGCUGACGCCUGUGAGGACAUAA